CUGCCAGAGGCCUGUUUUAGGGUUUCAUGCUGCAGCCCAUCACCGUAGUGCUGUCUUACCUAUCUUAUGAGCCUGCCCUUCUCAGCAGCUGGCUUGAGAGGGUUCGAUCAGGUCGCAGAUGCCAGAUCGUGAAAUAACUUUUAACCUGGGUUUCAGUUUUGUCUUUUGAAUCUCUUCAUUUUUUUAAUUUAUUUUUGCUGGUAGACAAGUAGGUUGGAAACUCUGAUAUCAUACAGGAGCUUGGAAUUGAACCCAGGAGUCCUGCCUCCCAGCCCUUCCUGUCAAACCCACUAGAUCUCACUCCCCUUCCAGAUCUGGGGAUAGGACCCAGGAGUCCUGACUCCAGUACAGUUGCCCCCUCACAUGUUCUUUGAGGCUCCACUCAGCGUUAUGGACUAAACAUCUGCCCCGUUGCAUUGGAAAGAAGCCUGCCGCAUUUACAGACACACGUCUUCUUUCGUUGCUAUCAAGAGCCCAAAACAAAUCAUCCAUAACAGUUUAAAUGAGUCAUAAUGGAUCAGGAAAGUGGGGGUGACAUCCAGAAAGCCCCCAACUUCCAGUGGAGAAGCUACAAGCUCGUCAUUGACCCGGCGCUGCGGCGGGCCCCGCAGAAAGUCUACCGCUACGAUGGAGUCCACUUCAGCGCCCCCGAUUCAGGAUAUCCUCCUGUGGGUGACGUACGGGACCCCCGGCCACGCAGGAUAUGGUCCAAGCACAGAGACCUGUCGCUCCCUGUUCCUAAGUUCAAGCUGGACGAGUUCUACAUCGGGCAGAUCCCGCUGAAGGAGGUGACCUUCGCCCGGCUGAAUGACAACAUCAAGGAGCCCUUCCUGGCCGAGAUGUGCAAGAAGUACGGGGAGAUCGAGGAGAUCGAGAUUCUCUACAACCCCAAGAACCGCAAGCACCUGGGCCUGGCCAAGGUGCUGUUCACCAGCACGCGCGGAGCCAAGGAGACCGUCAAGAACCUGCAUAACACCACAGUCAUGGGCAACAUCAUCCACGCCCAGCUGGACAUCAAAGGACAGCAGCGGAUGAAGUACUAUGAGCUGAUCGUCAACGGCUCCUACACCCCUCAGACUGUUCCCACCGGGGGCAAAUCUCUGAGUGAGAAAUUCCCAGCGCCUGUGGCCCAGGCUGAGACGUCAGAGUCCCGACGGCGCCAGUCCACCGACUCCUCCUACUCAGGCAGCACUGUGGGUUCGACGCCCGGCAAUGGGACCCCUUGCUCUCAGGACACCCCAUACUCCAGUGCUCGCCAGGAUACCCCCUCGUUCUAUGGUCAGUUUACCCCCCAGUCGUCCCAGGGGACCCCGCACACCCCCCGAGGAGGAACGCCGUAUUCCCAAGACUCGGCCUACUCCAGCAGGCAAGGCACGCCCAGCUACUCCAGCUAUCACCCGGAGCCGACCUCCUACAAGUCCCGCAGGCAUGAGAACAGCUACCCGGAGUCGUACUCCCGCCGGCACUACUCCUCCUCCUCCUCCUCCUCCUCUUCCUCCACGGCUGCCGCCGCCGCCGCUGCCCCCUCCUCCUCGCACUACCGCCCCAGCGACCCCCACUACUCGCCCUACAGCCAGCAGUUCGAGGGGGCAGGCGGGCGCUACCAGCGCCGCCACUCCUCCGAGGGACGCUCGUCCUCCCACCACUCCUCCUCUUCCUCCGCCCACCGCUCCCACCAAAGAGAGGACUCCAGUUACCACUCUCGGCACCGGGAGCGCCCCCAGCGGGACGAUCCCACCCCUGCUCCCUCCUCCUCCUCCUCCUCCUCCUCCUCUUCCUCUUCUUCCUCCUCCUCCUCUUCCUCCUCCUCCUCCUCCUCCGCUUCCACCACGGCAGCUGCUUACCCCGUGGCUCCCGCCACGCCGGAUGCGACGCUCUUCCAGAACAGCCACAGCUUUGGCCAGCAAGCGGAGCCCUUCGCAGCCCCCGGUGCCAUCUACCCUCCCUACCCGGCCCCCCCCGAGCCCUUCCCGCUGCCCCCGGAGCCACACCCCUGUGACCAGGAUUACCGGCUGCUGCCCACGGCCGAGACCUUCGCUGCCAACUCCCUGCCCCCCACGGAGUUUCUGGCUCAGGAAAGCAAGGAAGAGCCCAGCCCUGCGGCUGCCAGCACCGACGAUCAGGCCCAAUCGCCGGCCCCCCAGGCCUCGCCGGCCCGUUUGGGCUCCCCGGCGCCAGAGACCACCAAUGAGAGCGUCCCGUUUGCCCAGCACAGCAGCCUGGACUCGCGCAUCGAGAUGCUGCUGAAGGAGCAAAGAUCCAAGUUCUCCUUCCUCAAUUCAGACACGGAGGAAGAGGAGGAGGAAGGGGGCAAGGCGGGGGCCAAGGGGGCAGAACCGCAUGGGCCCUGCACCCCGCCCCCACCCCUGCCCACCAGCUUUGAGGAUGUGGUGCCAGCUCCGGACGCCGGGGUAGAGUCGCCCAAGGCCAACGGGCAGGACAGGGCCUCCCAGCAGUCAUCGGGCGAGGACAUGGAGAUCUCGGAGGAGGAGGCGGAGGAGGAGCCCGCGGGGUCAGCGCCGGCCGAUCCACACUUCCCGGUGUUGCCUGCAGGCCUUGGCCACCUGCCGCUGGCUGUCUCGGCCUUCGCCCACCCGCCGGAGCCACCCUCUGCCUACCCACUGCAGCCCCUCAUGUCAGUGUCCCUGCCCCACCUGACAGGCGAGGCCGACUACUCCCAGGCCCCGCCGCCCCACCACCUGCAGGCGCCGGGCCUCCCGGACUACGGGGCGCAGGCCGGCGCCGCGGGCACAGGACCUGGGGCGGCUGCUCCCCCCCACAUCUAUGACUUCGUUAACUCCCUGGAGCUGAUGAACCGGCUGGGCAACCAGUGGGGUGGGAUGCCCAUGUCCUUCCAGAUGCAGACCCAGAUGCUGAGCCGGCUGCACCAGCUGCGCCAGGGCAAGGGGCAGUACGAAGAGCCCUUCCCCUACCACCAGGAGGCAGCGUUCGCCAGCCACCCGCUCUACGGGCACUACCUGCUGGAUCAGGACAGCCGCCACUUCCCGAGAGACCAGCUUUUCCUGCAGCAGCCGGCCAGCACCGAGGAGCCCCCGCCCGGCUCGGAGCAGCCCCCGCCUCCACCGCCCCCCUCACAACCGCAGCGGCUGCUGGACUACCGGGCAGCGACGUGGGGCUACCAGGAGGAGGCGCCCUGCGACCCACAUGCCUCCACUGUGGACAGCGUCCUGGCCACCCUGACGCAGGAGAUGAAGAGCAUCAUGCAGCGUGACCUCAACCGCAAGAUGGUGGAGAACGUGGCCUUCAGCACCUUCGACAAGUGGUGGGAGCGCAAGGAGCAGAAGGCCAAGCCCUUCCAGAACGCGGCCAAGCAGCAGGCCAAGGAGGAGGAGAAGGAGAAAACCAAACUCAAAGAUCCGGCCCUGCUGUCCUUGGUCGACUGGGCCAAGAGCGGCGGCACCGUGAGCCUCGAGGGCUUCAGCUUCGGAACCGGCCUCCGUGGGGCGCUCAGGCUCCCGUCCUUCAAGGUGAAAAGGAAAGAGCCUUCUGAGAUCUCGGAGAGCAGUGAAGAGGCGCGACCCCGGCCUUCCACUCCCGCAGAGGAGGAGGAGGAUGACAAGGAGGCAGCUCAAGGCCCAAAGGGAUCCAAGCGGGAGGAAGAGUGGAUCAAGGGGCCGGGCAAGCGCCGGAAGCUCUUCUGCCUGGACAGCGAAGGGGAAGAGACCUCUGAAGAGUCGUCCUCGGAGAAGGAGGAGGACGAGGACGAGCAGGAGGACGAGGAGGAGGAAGAGGAGGAUGCAGCGCACAGCGACAAGGAAGAGGAAUCAGAAGAAGCAGCAGAGAGCGAGGACUCCUCUGUAUACUCCCUCUACGAGGAAUCGGACGAGGACAGCGACAGCGCUUCGGACUCUGAGAGCAGCUCGUCCUCUUCCUCCUCCUCCUCGGACGAAGCUGAGAGCGUGGAGGGGACGGCUGAGGACACCAUGGACGAGUCCACCAUGGACAGCUGCCCCGUGGAGCCAGCAGGGAAGGAGAGCAAAGUAGAGUCCUUGGCGGGCACGGAACUGGAGAAGGUCAAAGAGGCCACGCUAGAGCCCACAGCGGAGCAGAAAGCCGCCCCCCAAGAGGAGCGUGAGGCUGAGCUGGCUCCCCGCCCCUCCUCGCCCAUCCCCCUCCUGCCGCCUCCCAAGAAGCGCCGGAAAACAGUCUCCUUCUCAGCCCCCGGCGAGGAGGAGGGGGCCAAGACGGGGGCAGAGAAGGUGGCCGAAGCAGCCCCGUCCCCCCUUCCCCUUCCGCCCCCGCCCCCUGCCGAGGAGCUAGCGCCUCCUGCAGUAGUGCCUGUGGAACCUGCCGCGCCGAUGCCCCAAGUGCCCUUAGCGCAGGACACACCCCGCCCUGCCACGCCGCCCCCUGCCCCCAAGCCUCCCGUCAGUGGGGGGCGUAAGCGGGAGCCCCCCAAAGCCAGCCAAAGAACCAUCAGCAACCUGCCGGCCGACCACGCCUCACUGGUGAAGUGCUGGGCCGAGGAGCCGCCCGCCGGCAGCGGACGCCGUCGCUCCCGUUCCCGCUCCUCAGAGCCCCCACGGCCCCUAGCCAGCGGGGAGGCCGAGCGGCUGCGGCUCCGGGAGCAGCUGGGCGCCUCGUCCCUCCUGGAGCUGGCAAACCAGCCUGAGGCGGGCGGCGUGGACCUAGCCGUGCUGGCAGACAUCGCCCUGAAGAUGCCCAUUGGCCGCGCCAAAGAGGAGGCCGAGGAUUCGGAGGGCACGGAGACGUCAGAUGAGGCGGAAGAGCAGUCGCCCCCCCGGGCCCUGCCUGCACCCCGAGAUAACAGCAUCCUCCUGGAGCACAACUAUGCCAUGGCGGUGAGAGCGGCGCCGCCAGCUCCCCGGAGAGCAGCCAAGGCCGAGGAGGAGGCCCCGGGCCCAGCUGAGCUGCUGCGGGUGGAUCUCUUUGGCGGGCACGUCGGGGAGGUGCUGGAGGCGCCGGAGGAGGUGGUGGCGGAGGCCAGCGAGGCCAAGGCUGAGCCAGAGGUGGGCGCCCUCCUGGCACUGGCGGGGGAGGAGCGGGCCAGGAGGAAGCGACACCGAGACAAGGAGGAGGCACCGGACUCCCCGGCCUCGGAGCCCUGCCCCUCAGAGAGCGAGGAGGAGGAGGAGGAGAGCGAGGACGCCGACGCCGGCGAGACGCGCCGGCGGACGCUGCGCUCCCAUUCGCACAAGCCCUGGCCCCAGCCCCUCCCCUCCUUUGAGACCCGCAGCGAGUUCGAGCAGAUGACCAUCCUCUACGACAUCUGGAACUCGGGCCUGGACGUGGAGGACAUGCACUACCUGAAACUCACCUACGAGCGCCUGCUGCAGGAGGACAACAGCACCGACUGGCUCAACGACACCCACUGGGUGCACCACACCAUCACCAACAUCGCCAACCCCAAGCGGAAGCGGAAGUCGUCGGACCUGCGGGAGCACCAGACUGGCUGUGCCCGCAGCGAAGGCUACUACCCCAUCAGCAAAAAGGAGAAGGACAAAUAUCUCGAUGUGUGUCCCGUGACGGCGCAGGAGCUGGAGGUGAUGGACACCCAGGGCACCAACCGCAUCCUGUCGGAGCGGAGGUCGGAGCAGCGGCGCCUGCUCAGCGCCAUCGGCUCCUCCGCCAUCCUGGACAGUGACUUGCUGAAGCUCAAUCAGCUCAAGUUCCGUAAGAAGAAGCUGCGGUUUGGCCGGAGCCGUAUCCACGAGUGGGGCCUGUUCGCCAUGGAGCCGAUCGCUGCGGAUGAGAUGGUGAUUGAGUAUGUGGGGCAGAACAUCCGGCAGGUGGUGGCCGACAUGCGGGAGAAGCGCUACGUGCAGGAGGGCAUCGGCAGCAGCUACCUGUUCCGUGUCGACCACGACACCAUCAUCGACGCCACCAAGUGCGGCAACCUGGCCCGCUUCAUCAACCACUGCUGCACGCCCAACUGCUAUGCCAAAGUGAUCACCAUCGAGGCUCAGAAGAAGAUCGUCAUCUAUUCCAAGCAGCCCAUCGGCGUCAACGAGGAGAUCACCUACGACUACAAGUUCCCCAUCGAGGAGAACAAGAUUCCCUGCCUGUGCGGCACAGAGAACUGCCGCGGCACCCUGAACUGAGACCGUAUUUAUUGUGUUCCCUGCCCCUCCUUCGGCGCCUGGUCACGGGGCCCACGGCCAGUCGUUCUCUGCCGGGAUCCGCCCUCCGCCCGGGGAAGCCAGGUCCGGAUUCAGGUUGCCUUUAGGGACCCCCGCCCCCAUGCAGACUGGCUCCAGAGCCAGCCUUGACGACGUUUUGGCAUGAGCUGAGUUGGAAGCAGCUUUGCCCAGGCAAGACUCGUUCCUUCCCCACCCACGACUCCCAGCAUGCAGCUCUGCUUCAGCCCGGGGGGGCUUGACCCAAAUCCCCAGGAUGCUUUGGGGGCAGCGGAGCAGAGUGCAUGCUGGGAGUGGAGUUGCCCUCUUUCCACCACAGUUGGGAGUUUUGCUUUGCAUUUAUAUUCCCUGCCUCUGAAGAGGAAUUCGGUUCCUUGCGUGCAGGAGCCCUCCCUUCUCCCCUGUCCUCCUGCUUGAUGGACACCUGUCGCCACCCGGUUGUCAGGGGAAGGGAGCUGAGCAUGGUGGGAAAUGCCUUGGGCUUGCCAUUGCUGUGACCAUAGUACGCAAGCAGCGGAAAGCGCCGGCAAUGUCUCUAACCACCCAAGGGGUCGGAGUCCAAAGCAUUAGAGCCUGAAGCAGACUCUCCCUGUCCCUCCAUCUGUUUGUCCCUGCUGCUCUUCCCACCCGCGCCAGGUAGCUCCCGAGCGCCCUCGACGGCGGGGGAGGAUCUGUUUAGGAUGGUCGGGUUUUUACUGUUCUGUUCCCCCCUCAUCAGUUUUGUAACAGGUGCCACUCCUGAUUCACUCCACUAUGAACACAGCCUCCACCCUUUGAUUACAGUGCCUCGCAAAGUCCCGCGUCCCUUUAGCUUUAAUGCCCUGAUACAUCUGUGGAGAAAUCUUUCCCUCUGGACAAAACAAAACAAUACCCAGUCCCCUCUCAAAUAUAACAGAACCAAUCAGAUCACUUUAUCCUGCUGCCAAUCAGUGUGUGCCCCUCCCUCCCCCCCAACAUAUUAAAAAUAAAAACACAAAUAGAUAAUAAUAAAGGGGCUGGAUUCUCCUCUCGCUCACCCCGGUGUCGCUCGGGCAGAGCGUAUCUCCAGCGUAAGCCGAGACCAGAAUCAAGACCCCCUGUUAAUUUUUCUUUAGGAGAAGAAAGUUGUGUAUAUAUUCCAGAUGGACUGGCUGUUUCUUGUAGAAACACACAAAAGUAAUUGGUAUGUAAAUAUUCUUUUUGUUAUUUUUUCCCCCCUCUUCCGACUAAAAAAGAAAGAAAUGGUUGUAAAUAA